AGUCUCCUUUGUGGCCAUCUUCCCUCAAUCACACGUAAUGUCUCACCAUCUCUAAAAUCACUGUUUCAAGACUGUUGUCACUUAGCCCUAACGAGAAUCAUACAAGACCCCACCGACGAAGCAGAAUGGAAGCUCUUUCUGUGCAUACCACGAAUGAUUCUACGUCACAAAAGAGAAGGUACAGCUGCAAUUAGGCAGGAAAGACCUAAGUUUCUCUCCUUUCUUGAUUUCCAGUGGGAGGAGCUUUUACAUCUUCAACGACCUCUUCUCAAGUCUUCAUCAACGCAAUCAAAGCUUUCAACAAAUUGUAAGAAAGUUCUUCAGCUGAUUAAAUGUGGUGAACUUUCCCGAGCAGCAAAAUUGCUUUUGAGUCCUGGCCUUGCUCCAGUCUCUGCAAAAACGGUUGUAAAGCUGACCUGGAAGCACCCUGCUCAAGUGAAGAGUGUGCCCUGUCCAGAAGUAUUGCCUCAAUUUACCAGUCUCUCUGAGUCAUUGUUUUUCGCUACUUUGUCCAAACUUCCCAAGAGUUCCGGAUCUGGCCCGUCUGGAUGGAACUUUGAUCAUUUCACGGCACUUGCAAGUAGGUCUACUACAGCCGAAAAGUUCUUUACUGUCUGUAACCUGAUUGUAAGAGGAUCUAUCCCUCACGGCAUAGUCAAGCUCCUUUCAGCUUCUCGACUUGUUGCUCUCUCGAAGCCAUCUGGUGAUGUGAGGCCAAUCGCAGUCGGCAAGUGUAUCAGACGGCUCACGGCUAAGACCUUGUGUCUACAAAAGAAAGAAUCUUUUUCAUCCUUCCUCUCUCCCCUCCAACAUGGAGUAGCAGUUGAAGGAGGACCAGAGCUUAUCGUACAUCAUAUUAGUCUACUUCUGGAAUCCAAUCCUGAUUGAGUCAUCUUAAAAACGGACUUGAAAAAUGCCUUCAACUCGGUAUCACGAUCCCAUCUAUUAUUACCUGAAGUUGCAAAAGCAUUCCCCGACAUCUACCAACAUGUCCAUCAAAUGUAUGCCGGUUUCAGUCCUUUGGUUUUCAACGACGGGAAAAUUGCUCACAUUCUGCGGUCCAAAAAAGGAAUCCACCAAAGGGACCCCUUGGACCCAUGCUAUUUUCUGUCGCCUUGCAUCCAUUUCUUUUGGACCUCCAGAAGAACCACUCAUCCACCCGUGUCCUAGCCUACUUGGACAAUAUGUUUUUAUUGGGCCCAUGGAGGAUAUUUUAUUAUGCUAGAACGAUGCGGAGUCUAGCUUAAAAGAAAUUGGUCUCAACAUAGCAAUCGAGAAAUGCGAGCUUCUGUGCAAUGGUCUCCCAGACCAUCCCCAUUUCGAUAAAGCUAUUCGAGUUGUGUCUUCAACAUUACCAAUCCGGAACGGUGGGUUUGGCAUGUCCUCAAUGGUGUCAACGUGUCCAAUCGCGUUUGUAUCAAGUUGGGCCCGUUCUCUAGCUCACCUCCCUCAAUCAUUUGGUGAUCUCACAGACUUAGUCAAAAAUCUCCCAUGCAGUCCAAC